AUAGUUUUAGGGCUCUAAAGAGGAGACAUGAAAUUUCUCCGUUACAUGUGAGAUAUGUAGCCAAUUUAAUUCAGUUUGGCAAAACAAGAAUCGAAAGUUGUCUUAACCAAGCACACUUCUAGAUACCGUAUGUUUUUUGGCAAAACAGGAAUUACCGUUCAUUUUGAAGAGGAUGACUCUGACAAUAGAGGAAAUUACAGGAAAUUGUUAACAUUCAUUGCCAAAAAAGAUCAAAAAUGUUCCGAACAUCUAGAAACGUCGACUGUUUUUUUCGGACGGCUUGGAAGUAGUAGAGAUAGACAACACUAUAUCUAGUGUCCCUCAGGGUUCAGUUUUAGGGCCCUUGUUGUACUUAAUUUA